CAUUGCUAUAAUUCAUGAUUACAUCAUAAAUCGUGAAGCAAAGGAUUAUAGCGACAAAGAUCUACAAAUCGACGCUUUAAAAACCAAGCAAAUGAGCUCUUACUUUGUUAACUCGUUCUCAGGACGCUACCCAAAUGGCUCCGACUAUCAGUUACUAAAUUAUGGGACUAACGGCGCCGUGAACGGUACGUUCAGGGACCCUGGCACCAUGCACUCCGGGUCUUUCGGCUACAACUACAAUGGCAUGGACCUAAGCGUAAAUCGCACUAACAACAGUGGCCACUUCGGGGCUGUUGGAGAUGAUGCCCGUGGUUUCGGCCCGGACACCCGCUACAGACAGCAGGACUGUUCCCUUGCGUCUCCAAAUUCUGUGCCGUGCGCCACGGCAAACCGCGAGUCAUUGGAACUAAAAAGCCCCUCUCCUUCAUCUGACCGGACCACGACCUCGAACGGCAACAAUCUCAACAAAGGCAACAAAACACAUUUCACUGAGAUUGAGGAUACUGGCGUUGCCUCCGAAACCGAGGAAGGCGCACAUAGCAGCAGCAGCACUGUCGCCCGAGCGCAGCAACAUCAAGAAUCCAACGCAACCUCUACCAACGCAUCAAGUGACUGCCAAACGCCACAGAUAUUCCCUUGGAUGCGAAAACUACACAUAAACCAUGAUAUGACUGGACCUGAUGGGAAAAGGGCCCGAACAGCUUACACCCGCUACCAGACACUAGAGCUGGAGAAAGAAUUUCACUUCAAUAGAUACCUAACCCGACGGCGAAGAAUAGAGAUAGCUCACACGUUAUGCCUCUCAGAACGACAAAUUAAAAUCUGGUUCCAAAAUCGAAGGAUGAAAUGGAAGAAGGACAAUAAACUGAAAAGUAUGAGUCUUGUCACAGGAUCUAGCGCGUUCCAUAACUGAGUUCAAACUACGAGAUGACAUGAGGAGAAUCCAGAGUACUGUAAUGCGCAGCACCUUUCAGCAUGGUAGACAAAUUAUUCGGUGGUGUAAAACACGCUAUUAGUUUGCCGUUGUGUUAUAGUAGCUUAGUUUUGGGGGGAAAUAAGAAAUGUGAAUCUUUUGAGUUAUAAGUGUCGUACUCAGUUUACUCUCGGGUGUUGUCGUGUUUCACGUGAGCUCUUUAUUGUGUAACUUCAUACAAAUACAGGUGUAAAUUAAGUGUA